CUCAUCUUCGUCGUUGCUUCUAUCAUCUUCAUCUUCAUCUUCAUCUUUCUCAAUUCAGCGUAACAGCCAUUUGGAGUUAGCAAAAUUUUUAUCACUCUCUGAGCCCUUUCUCUCAUUCAUUCUAGUGGGACUAUGGUAUCAGCCACCCGCCUUAAAAAAAAUGGUUCGGCCUCGAGAUCGAAUGCCAAUUUCUUUCAGUUGUCUCUUGGAAUGUUUCUUGGCGCAUUAGGGWUGAAUCUAUGGAUUGGAAGUGACGUCGAUCCCACGGCAUUGUGGCUUGAUCAAGAUAGAAAUUCAAUUUCCGAAAAGAAAGUUGUAACAUCGUUGAAGAGUAUACCUGAAGUGAAGGAAACGAAAGGCUGGCAUUCGAUCCACGUGUUUUACGGAGAGAAAGAAGGUUUGUUCAACGACGCACCCAAGUCUAUAACACAAUCGCAGGAAUCAUUUGCACAAGUCGGACAAGAUUCGAUCAUUUUGGACUUGCUUGGAUCAAACGGAUACUUUAUUGAUCUUGCAGCGAGUAAGUGAGGCUUUCCUUAGAAAUAUGAAAAAUGGUCAUUUACUGUGAGACUCAUUGACGACUCGGUUUCGUGACGUAACAAUUUCGUUAAUUUCAGAUGAUGCUUUGGAUUUGACUAAUACGCUAGCUCUGGAACGUAAGGGAUGGACAGGCUUGUGUGUGGAACCCAACCAUGCCUAUUGGUAUGGUUUAUCUCAUAGAAAAUGCACGGUUGUGGGAGCAUUGGUGAGCGGUACUAAGCCCGAACCGGUGAAAGUUAAAUUUCGAGGUGUGUACGGAGGAAUCGUUGGUAAAUUAUCCGCAAAGUUGGCCAACCGGAAGAAAGAACCUGAUGCUCCAAAGGUAACAAGAUACACGGCACCAAUACUGGAAGUGCUGCAGAAAUUCGAUGUUCCGGAAAUAAUCGAUUACUUGAGUUUGGAUGUCGAAGGUUCCGAAUACGACAUAAUGAAAUAUUUUCCAUUUGACUCCUACACCAUUCGGAUAAUGACCGUUGAACGUCCGAACAAGGAGCUGAAAGCGCUCCUUGAAGAAAAAGGAUAUGUUUUCUUGGCAGAGCUGGCACCAUGGGGGGAAUAUUUGUGGGGUCACAAGUCGAGCGGAUUUACACCAGAGCACAACAAAAUAAAAUCGAUAAAACCGAGAACAUAGGAGAGACAUUUUCUCAAUUAAAUCCCAUGUUUGAUGUGAAGUAGCUCAAUUGUGUAACCUCGACAAUCCUCAUUAUCCAUAGGAAUAAAAUAAUUGAUCAUUA